AUGGAAAGGUCGUCGGAGGUCAAUUUUUUACAAGCCGAACUAAAUGCAGUUAAUGCCCAAAAUGAACGUCUGGUUGAAGAAAAUGCACAAUUACGUCGAGAACUUCAAAAAUUAGCCGAUGAGGACCGAUCAAAGUCGACCCUUAAUGCAGAACUUAAAGUGAAGACCUUACAAUUAGAGAGUGAACGGGCACUUUUGGUUGAAGAGAAUGCUCAACUGCGACAAGAUAUCCAUCGUUUGACCCACGACGAAAGAUCACAAUCCACCAUGCACGUAGAAACGCGACUGAAGGCAUUCCAGUUGGAAAACGAACGCGACAACAUGUAUGAACAACUCGAGAAAUUGAAGCGCAAGUACAACCAGUUGCAUACAGCAUUUGUGGCCAAAGUGCAACGCUGCAAGGCCCUCGAAGAUGUGUUCAAUCGUCAGAAAACCCUGAACGGUCUGGUUAUGAAGUCGGCAAUAGCCCAGAGGGACAAAGAACAAUGUAUUGCGUUGGAAAAGCGACAUUCUACGAAGAAAGAUAAUUCGACUAUAGCCCACUUACAGGAUCAAGUCACAAAGUUGCAAGAUGAAUUAGCUGAGGCUCGGGAUAUAAUCGAUGAACUAGAUUUUGAAUUAGAAAGUAUUGAUAUUCUCGAAAUGGAAAAUCAACGCCUAAAGGAGGAGUUAAAUGCCUACAAGAAAGCAAAGCUUAAACUUAGGACAACCCCAAACCUCUAUCCCGAUGAACAUCAAGAUUCAGUAGACUCGGAAGCUCCACCAAGAUACUGUGAUUUAGACAAUACUGGCCGAUUUGAAACAGCAUCCAUAGCUUCAUCCCUGGCCGAAUCAUUUGCUGGCGACAUGGAUCCUGAGACCAUGGAAAGAGCCGCACUUACUGAGAGUUUGGUGCAAAUGGCCCAAGCCGAGAGUAAUUGUCUUCGUCGUGAGCUAUUGAAAUCGCGUCUUCGUAGGACAGUCCAGACGACAAGACCCACAAGUAGCGAUGCAUAG